ACCCCCUCUGUCUGAUUGUGCUGAAAAUACUACAAAGAAUGAAGACUUUUGCACAAGUGUAGCUCUGAUUUUCACUUUAAUCACAAGUAUUUGCUGUAUACGUGUGUGUUUAGUUGAUAAGAAGGGUGUAGAGCUGGGUGAGUUGUAAUAAAGCAGAGUUCUGGAGUGCUUUCUGGCAAAGUUUUGGGGAAGUUUGCAGAGUGGAGCUGCACAGUUCUAAUUCCUCUGGUUCUUACCUUCAUCUGCAUUUCUUUUCACACGUUUCCAUCCAUCUCUGCCUUUUUCUUUUUCUCGCUUGUCUAUUAUUCCUCCUGAACCAUGUGUGACAAUCUGGACCAUGAGGACAAGCCUCCAGCCCCACCUGUAAGGAUGAGCAGCACAAUCUUCAGUGGCGGUGGGAAGGAUCACACACUGCUGGCCAAUCACAGCACCAAGCCGCUGCCGUCCGUGCCCGAGGAGAAGAAACCUCGCAGCAAAAUCAUCUCCAUCUUCUCUGGUGCUGAGAAAGGUGGAAGGCGGAAAGACAGAGACAGGGAACGUCCCGAGAUCUCUCCUCCCUCAGAUUUCGAGCACACCAUACAUGUAGGCUUUGAUGCUGUCACUGGAGAGUUUACGGGAAUGCCAGAGCAGUGGGCACGAUUACUGCAGACAUCCAACAUUACCAAAUCUGAACAGAAAAAGAACCCACAAGCUGUGUUAGAUGUUCUCAAGUUCUAUGACUCUACAGGAAACACGGGCAGGCAGAAGUACCUCAGCUUCUCCUCAGAGAAGGACGGCUUUCCUUCAGGAGAGCAUUCGCCUGUUAAAAAGAGCACAGAGAAGCCGUCACCAGGCAUUAAGAACAUUGAUGAUGACGAAGACGACGAUGAAGAGUCGCCGCCACCUGUUGUCGCGCCAAGGCCGGAACACACCAAGGGGGUGAACACGCGUUCUGUAAUUGACCCCCUCCCUCCACCGGUCACCUCUCCUGAUGGAGAUGCUGCGUCUAAGGCUGCGGACAAACAGAGAGCCAAAAAGGGCAAGAUGUCUGACGAGGAGAUCAUGGAUAAAUUAAGAACCAUAGUCAGUAUUGGAGAUCCUAAAAAGAAGUACACGCGAUAUGAGAAGAUUGGACAAGGAGCCUCAGGAACGGUGUUCACAGCCAUCGAUGUUGCUACCGGACAGGAGGUGGCUAUUAAGCAGAUCAACCUGCAAAAGCAACCCAAGAAGGAAUUAAUUAUUAAUGAAAUUCUUGUGAUGAAGGAACUUAAAAACCCAAACAUUGUAAACUUUUUAGACAGUUUUCUGGUAGGAGAAGAGCUUUUUGUUGUAAUGGAGUACCUGGCUGGCGGUUCACUGACUGACGUGGUGACGGAAACGUGCAUGGACGAGGCUCAGAUCGCUGCCGUCUGUAGAGAGUGUUUACAGGCCCUAGAAUUUCUUCAUGCCAACCAGGUCAUUCAUCGAGACAUCAAGAGUGACAAUGUGUUGCUGGGAAUGGAUGGCUCUGUUAAACUCACGGACUUUGGUUUCUGCGCCCAGAUCACUCCAGAGCAGAACAAGAGAAGCACCAUGGUGGGCACGCCAUACUGGAUGGCUCCAGAGGUCGUUACCCGCAAAGCUUAUGGGCCUAAAGUGGAUAUCUGGUCUCUGGGCAUCAUGGCUAUUGAGAUGGUGGAGGGGGAGCCACCGUACCUUAAUGAGAAUCCACUUAGGGCACUUUACCUCAUCGCCACUAAUGGAACCCCGGAACUACAAAGUCCAGAAAAACUGUCGCCUAUUUUUCGGGAUUUUCUGGCUCGCUGCUUAGAGAUGGAUGUAGAAAAGAGGGGCAGCAGCAAAGAUCUUUUACAGCAUCCCUUCCUCAAACUGGCGAAGCCUCUAUCCAGCCUCACUCCGCUCAUUUUUGCUGCCAAGGACGCCAUGAAGAACAACCGUUAGUACCCUUUCUGGAUGGGCCAUGCUGUGAAACCCAGCAAACUAAACUGACUCAGACCUGUGCCACGUUUCAUACCACUGUGCCAACCAGUAAUGCCAAAAGAACAUUUCUACAAGUAUUUCCACCACACUGCAAGGAUUUCUCUUAAUGUGGAUGGGUUUGUCUAUAAUGUUACGUCUCCGUUGUGUCACUGUAGCCUUUCUUACAUGGUUUUAAGCUGCAUGGGAUUUCAUCAGUGUUUCUUUGUAUUUUCUAUCAUCUGCAGGAUAUCACAUUUGUCCUGAAGCAUUAUCACUUAGGAAGAAAUGUGUUUGCUUUGUUAGUUACAUUUCUAUAAGGAAAGUGAUUACCGUGAAACAGUCCCUGUUGUGUCCAUUUUGUCUUGUUUCCUUUAAUAUUGAAGGUAGGGCAAAUAAAACCACUGUGACCAGUAGAAGUUUUACUGGUUACCUGGUUUUAUUGUCCUUUUAAGCAUGAACUGUUGUAUUCCGGAAUUGUGAACUUUUUUCUAACACCAGGAAAACAUUCAUAAGGUAAAUUGUGUAUGUUAUGUACUUUAAAAACGUUUUUAGACUGUUUGUGUAUGAAUGUUUUGUAGCAACUAACAUUUAUUACAAGAUAAAUACAGCGGUCAAUGUCCUCUUGUUAAUGUGUUUUUUAUUACUCCUUUAAAAUCAAUUCAUUAUUAUUUAACAUGUUUACAACAGAAAUGAAUUACCAA